UCUGCGAUCUAAAUUUUUCUUUCUAAAAGCUAGUCUUUCCGAAGUUCGGAAACAAUGGGCGAAGGAGACGAUUCUUCUGCGUCCAAGAGUUCAACUACAGAACACAGAGGUGUUGUAGCCGCAACACCAUACUCUCUCCAUGCUUCAGACAAUCCCGGAGCAUUAAUAACGUCGGUGACGUUGACAGGAGAGAACUACAACGAGUGGGCCAGCGAGAUGACCAAUGCACUUCGUGCAAAACGUAAACUUGGUUUCAUCGAGGGUACCAUUCCGCAACCAGCUACAGGAGAUCCAAAUUUGGAACUGUGGUUUUCAGUUAAUUCUAUGAUUGUAGGAUGGAUAAGGACGUCCAUCGAGUCUCGAGUAAGGUCCACGGUCACUUUCAUACAAGAUUCACACAAACUAUGGGAGAAUCUACGUAAACGGUUCUCAGUGGGGAACAGAGUCCGUAUACAUCACCUUAAGGAGCAACUCGCGCGGUGCAAACAAGAGGGUCAGUCGGUGAUUGACUAUUUUGGUCGACUAUCAAAGAUGUGGGAAGAACUAGACAUGUACUCUCCGCUUCCGAAGUGUACGUGUUCAGCUAUAAUAGAGUUCGAGAAAGCAAGGGAAGCAGAGAAAAUUCAUUAGUUCGUUAUGGGUUUGGAUGAGAGUCGUUUUGGUGGAAUUUGUCAGUCUAUUAUCUCG